AUGGAGCGCAAGCUCUCCCAGAAAGCGCUUCGUAUGCGCCAGCGCUUCACUUUCAGCCGUGGUCGAGACCGCGCAUCUACUAUUCCCCCGUCUGGUGCCACUAGCACCCCCAGCACCCGCCCGCGCUCCGCUACAACGCCCAUCUCGUCCCAUUCUAACUCUACCAUCCACCCGACGUACUACAGGACCAGUACGGACCACACUCGCUAUUUCCACUUUACAGAUGAACCGGGCUAUUUUCGUCCUGACACGCCUCUAAUCGACCGACAGUCCGUCCCUGAAGAACUAGAAGACGACGUUAAACAUGCCUGCGCACUGCUGGUCCAAAGCGUUGACCGCGGUCUACCAAUAUGGCCGUCUUUCCAGUCAGAACACCGGCCCAACACAACCACCGCCAAAGUAUCCAGUCCCAUCGCCCCCUCGAGAUUCUACUAUCAAGGCGUGAGUAUGUCCCCCGCCGCCGUAGACAAUCAAAUUGCGAUCCCCGUCGACAAAACGCACGACUCGGGCGUAGCAUUCCAACAAAGCGUCACGUCCGCAGCUACAGGACGCUUCUACGGUAGUCAAAUCUCAACAUCGCGCCCUGAACAAUCACAAGAAGACGCUCAACGCGGCCAGAGCUUCAAUACAGACGCAACGCCCGUCUCACGUUCGCGCUCGCGCUCCCUCAGCCCAGACAUGUUCCCCUACAGCCCGCCACAAGUCGACACGCUCUGGCCACACGUCAAAGACAUCUCCUUUCAAACAUCAGACGCACUAUUCGCAGAUACAGACGCCGACCCCGAAAAAGAAACAGACGUGGAGACCCACCUCGGCGUGGAGGGCAUGACCUGGCUCCGCGCAAGUCUAGAUAUCGCCCGCAUCGACUCUGAAAACCCACCCAUUACGAUCAAUAUCAACGUCACUACUAUGCCGGUCGUUGCUCCGCGCCGGUUCUACAGUACCCGGCAACCACGUGCGAGUGAGCGCGGUUACGGUGUCGUGGGUGCGACGUGGGAUGGAUCGCAUAGUCGGACUCCGAGUGUUGACGAUGCGGACUCGGUGCAGAGCUUCUCGAGUGCGGAGGAUGGAGCACGGAGAUUUUAUCAGCCGCAGAGGUCGGUUUCGUCUGGUGGGCUUCAGCAGGGGGAUGAGGAUCGUGUGUAUGCGAUUGUGUCGGGUGGUGGACAGCGGCGGAGGAAGGCGUCGCUUUUGUUGAGGAAGUUGGCCGGGUUGGGGAGGAAGAAGGAUGGGGAUGGAUUGGAGAGUCGGCGUGUGGUUGUUGCUGUUUGA